GGAAGAGGAGUGCUUCAUUUCUUCAGCUCRUGAACUUUUAGUUUUCCAGGCAAAACUUCCGCAAGAAUUCAUCUUUUAUAACCCUUUASAAGACUCCUAACUACAAAUUCGACAUGUCAAAAGCUAGUGCUUCGACCAAGUUUCGUGUAGUUGAUGUAGAUGCUCUUGAAAACCAGUUUGAAGACGAGCAGGGCGAAGAUGUUGGAUCGAGUGGACCUGACGAAGGGGAGGUGAAUUCUUUGCUGGCUUCGAAGAAGAACUGUGACGCACUGAAAAUAGUACUAGCUGACCCACCAUUGCAGACUAAAAACAAGGCGGCAAAGGAUAAAGCUUUUCAGCUAGUAAUGAGAGUUCUGAAUGCCACAAAAGCUAAUGAAAUAGARCAAGCAAUAAAGGGGCUUGAUAACAGAGGAGUAGAUAUCCUUAUGAAGUAUAUUUACCGUGGCUUUUCUGAACCAUCCGAUAAUAACUGUGCUAUAUUACUUUCUUGGCAUGAAAAGGCAACAGCCAUUGGUGGUCUUGGAUGCAUUGUUCGAGUACUUGCUGACAGAAAAACUGUUUGAAUGAUUACUUUUGAAAAGUUUAUUUCUAUAAACAACUAUUAUGAAUACAUAAAACAAAUAGAAAAGUAAUUUUUGAUACAAAACUCUCAACAUGAAUGGUUUAGACUAAUACUAAGUCCAUUUUGAAAUAUGUUUAUUUGCAAACACUGCAUAUGGUAAAUGUCUAUCUUAUGCACUUUAUUCUUAGAGGAACAAAGGUGGGGGACAUUGAAUUACCAAACCGUUCAAAGUGCAAAAGUGUUUUUGUAGCAUUACCUGAAAAAUACUUUUUCUGAUAAUUGUAUUCUUUGAAAUAUUAUGCUUKCAGUCUAUCUUUCUUGCUGUAACAAGAUUGAUUUGUUUGUGAGCCUYUUGAUCAUUCCAUGUGCUAUCAGCGUCAUGAUCCGAACCAUAUCAAAAUCUGCUCUGACUCCUUUGCUUGUUUAUUUUUAUUGUUAAGGUUUUGUUAUGGAAUAGUAAAACACAGUUUAUCAUAUUACAUGUCCUUAUAAUUACACUUGAGUUCUUUUGUUUUGUUUACAUUUUGUUUCGCUACUUAUAACAUAGCACAUGUCUUUCACGCGUCUAUAAACACCACUCCAAAAAAAMCCUUUUUUUUCAAUAUAAGCAUAGCGUAGGACUGGGAAUACAUUUUUUGGAGAAACCUUUGCAUGUGCAUUUACUUGCCUGACUUAGAAUGAAUGCAGUUUAAAGUGUAUUUUAAAUCAAAACAUUAAAAAAUCUUAUGGAUUAAGGUGUAUUGGUCAAACAUUCUGUUUUCUGUUGCUUGGAAACAUUAUUUCCAUUGUUCUUUGUCCUUUGUUUUUAUGCUCUCUACCUUUUCUUUUUUUAUUUUGUUUUGUUUUUARUCUUGUCUUUCUCUUACUUCGUGAUGGACUUAAUAAUAGUCUAAGCMAUUUUACCAAAGUAGGAAAUAUUUCAACAAUAGAAAAAUUCUUUAAUUUCACCAUAAAAAUAAUUAUUCAAGACAACAAGAAUGUAAAAUAAAACUACACAAGUUUUUUUAAUGCUGUGCUUUGUAAAACGUCUUUGUGUUCAAGCACUCUGUAUUAAGUUACCUGCUAUGUAAAAGUUUAAAAACUAAAUUAGUUUGGUCUUUGAACUACAUGUAUCUUUUUAUGGAYCUAUUUUGUAAAUAAAUAUUACCUUGCAUAUUC